AUGUCCUACAAUAAAUAUUAUCAACUGGAUCCUUCUCAUGGAAUACUUACAAAAGUUGGCGAAUACUUACCCAUAAGUCAGUACAUGUCUUCAGACAGUCAGAAGAUUGUGGGAGGUGUUCUGGUGGGCACUGGGGUGUGGGUCUCCAUCAUCAUGGUGAUGAGGAACGUCCUCAAGGGCCUUCUGUCAUGGCAUGGAUGGAUGUCCCAGAGACAUGGCUCUGUGUCAUAUGCAACUCGUCUGUGGAUGAUAUUAGUGAAGAUUUUCUCAGGACGGAAGCCAAUGCUUUAUAGUUUCCAGAACUCUCUGCCAAGACUCCCUGUUCCUUCUGUAAAGGACACUUGUAGAAGGUACCUGGAAUCUGUCCGUCCACUGAUGGAUGAUGAACAGUUUGAAAGGAUGAAGGGAUUGGCCAAAGACUUUGAGAAGAAUCUGGGUCCUAGAGUGCAGUGGUAUCUCAAGUUGAAGUCUUGGUGGGCGUCUAACUAUGUCAGUGACUGGUGGGAGGAGUACAUUUACCUAAGAGGCCGCAGUCCCAUUAUGGUCAACAGUAACUAUUAUGCCAUGGAUUUUCUCUACGUAUUCCCAACAUCAAUCCAGGCUGCAAGAGCUGGCAAUGCUAUUCAUGCGAUUAUGCUCUAUAGAAGACAACUGGACAGAGCUCAAAUCAAACCACUCAUGCUCCUACACACUAUCCCCAUGUGCUCAUCCCAAUACGAGCGUAUGUUCAACACCAGUCGUGUUCCAGGUGUAGACACAGACUCCCUGGUGCAUGUGAAUGAAACAAAACACAUCGUGGUGUACCAUAAGGGGCGCUUCUACAAGGUCUGGAUGUUUUACGACGGACGCCUGCUGUUGCCACGGGAGAUCGAGCAGCAGAUGGAGAGGAUCUUGGCCGACACAUCUGAACCUUCUCCAGGAGAAGAGAAACUCGCUGCUCUCACCGCAGGUGACAGGACGCCAUGGGCCAAUGCUCGUGAGAGCUACUUCAGCCGUGGAAAGAACAAGCAGUCUUUAGACGCCAUCGAGAAGGCCGCCUUCUUUGUCACUCUUGAUGAAACCGAACAACAAUUUGAUGAGAAAAAUCCAGUGACGUCUUUGGACAGCUACGCCAAAUGCCUGCUUCAUGGAAAGUGCUAUGACAGGUGGUUUGAUAAAUCCUUCAACUUGAUUGUCUUCAAAAAUGGCACAAUGGGAUUGAAUGCAGAACAUUCUUGGGCUGAUGCCCCAAUUAUUGGUCAUCUAUGGGAGCAUGUUCUUUCCAUGGAUCCUUGCAAGUUAGGAUAUACUGAAGAAGGCCACUGCAAGGGAGAGCCCCAUAAUAACAUGCCAGGACCACAGCGACUGCAGUGGGACAUUCCCACAGAGUGUCAAGAGGUGAUUGAGAGCUCCCUGACCGUCGCUAAGAACCUGGCCAAUGACGUGGACUGUCACAUCAUCCCUUUCAGCACCUUUGGAAAAGGCCUGAUUAAGAAGUGCCGCACCAGUCCUGAUGCCUUCAUCCAGAUCGCUCUGCAACUGGCACAUUACAGAGACAAGGGGAAGUUCUGCCUGACUUAUGAAGCCUCUAUGACCCGUCUCUUCCGUGAAGGACGGACAGAAACCGUGCGUUCCUGUACCAUGGAGACCUGUGCCUUUGUCCGUUCAAUGAUUGGAGAUGAAACCAGAGAGGAGCGUUUGAAGUUGCUUAAAGCGGCAGCAGAGAAGCACCAGAAUAUGUACCGUUUGGCAAUGACAGGAGAUGGCAUCGACCGUCACUUAUUCUGCCUCUAUGUGGUCUCUAAAUACUUGGGAGAGGACUCCCCCUUCCUCAAAGAGGUGCUUUCUGAGCCAUGGAGGUUGUCCACCAGCCAGACCCCUCUCCAGCAGGUGGAGCUGUUUGAUCUGAUCAAACACCCAGAAUAUGUGUCCUCAGGUGGAGGAUUUGGGCCGGUUGCGGAUGAUGGAUAUGGCGUCUCUUACAUCAUUCUCGGCGAGAAUCUCAUCAAUUUCCACAUCUCCAGCAAACAUUCAAGUCCUGAAACUGACUCGCACCGUUUCGGGGGCCACAUCAAACAGGCCAUGAUGGACAUUCUGGAUCUGUUUCAGCUCGAAAAGAAAGACACAAAGCCGUGA